AUGCAACGGGUUUCAAGCUUCCUCCCGUCCUGGGAGGCCAGAAGGAGGAGCAAUGCUAGUUCUACAAGCAACGGCCGGAGCAGUAUUAUCGCCGCAAACAGCAGAUCUCCCCUCGAUAAGGUUUUCCGCUGGUCUAGCAAGCCUGCACCCCUCGCAACCACCUCUCUCGCGACAGCUGCAUCGCGUGUUGGCCGUGAGGCCUACUGGCCUGCUACACUUGAUGCCGAAUGCGAUCGUUCUGCCCGCAUUUUGAAAUCGUUUUGUUCGGAUGGCUUCCUAGCGCCCAUGCACGACCAACUGGACCGCUCUUCUACCACCACUGAACCACAAACACCGAUCCGCAUCUUCAAGAAGAUCCCUCCUCGAAUUAUUCAAAAUGCUGCCGGUAUUGCUAUUUUUACUUGCAUGCGAUCUGGCUUAUGGAUGACCGGAUCUGGCGGCUCAGGUAUUUUAAUCGCCCGCAAGGCUGACGGCACCUGGUCACCUCCGUCCGGCAUUGUCCUCCAUACCCCUUCGUUGAGCUUUGUGAUGGGCGUUGAUAUUUACGACUGUGUCUUGGUAAUCAACAACAUCGCUGCUCUCGAACAACUAAUAACUAAACCUACUAUCACCUUGGGAGAAGACAUCGGCCUCACUGUUGGCCCCUUGGUUGCACUAGAAUCGACAGAGGUCGAUAGCAAGUGGAGAGACUUGGAUAAUACUGUCCUGACGUACAUGAAAGCAAGAGGACAAUCUCAGAACGUCAACUUGACCGGCUGUAUCUUGAAAGAGCGGGCAAAUGAGAAUGAAAGGUUCUACGGCGGCAAUGUGACGGUGAUGGAUAUCCUUGCCGGCAAUGUGUCGAGGCAUGUCGAAGAAACCCGACCAAUGUUUGAGGUUAUCAAGGAGGCUGAAGGUAGAAUCGAUGCCGAUCAGUCUAUCCUUAAGAAACUCUCGGCCCAGCCCGCACCAGGAGACGCCAUGAUCGAGACACCCAGGAGUUUGCCCGCAUCGCCAAAGACUUCCAUUGCCUUCGGCGUCCCCAAUGCCGAUGACCCAGAUCCUUUUGGCGUCCUCGCUCUUGAAAUGGCUGGACUUGAGAUUCGGGAAGCCGGAACGCGUCUUCGGCCGACGAGUCACCAAUUCGAGUUCAAUCCUACGCCAUCCAGCCCGGCUUUCUCAAAAUUCAGCAGGCAGAGCGUUGAGACAAUCGCUUCGAGAAGUAAUAGGGGCAGUCUCAUGUCUACCAAAACGAACCACACCAAACUGUCAGAAGCUUUCACUCACACCAACACGGCCAUCACCACGCCUCACACCUCGCCGAGUCAGAGCCAGAGCCAGAGUGAGGAUGGUGCUUCCAUUCACAGUUUGCCUGUACUGAAGGAGCCUGAGGAGGUUGACUACACCAAGAUUGAUUUCUCCCCUCUCAGACAAAUUAGUGGUAGCCACUCGAUUGAGGGAACCGUCAUGAGCGACAGCGAUGAUCACCUGCGGACUGAUGUAAGCACCAUGGAUGACACGGCGACCAAGGCUUCCAGUAUAUACACCAAGGAUGACGCCAGCAUAAUCACUAAGCAGGACGAUGAGAAGGAAGAAGUGGUGCAGACUGAGGAGCAAGACGGCGAUGCUGAUGAAGAGGAUGAGGAUGAAGAGGAGGAGGCCGUCAUCUAUGAGGUGGCUGCGGUUCAGCCCGCUCGCACUGCUGUCAUGGCUGCCCCGAUUCACGCCAAGGGCGCCUUGGUGACGAUUCCCAAGAGGAUCCCACCGCCACUCCCCGCGAGAAGCCCUGCGAGAGCAUCUCGAGCAAGCAAAAGCGAGAUUGGAGACGUGAGCCAUCUCCACAGUCCUCUCCAAUCCUCUUUCACGCCAUCCCCUCGCCAGUCCAUUGAUUCUGUCUCCAUCAAGAGCGAGUCGAGCAAGAUCUCAUCCGUCAAGGAAACCCCAACAGGGGUUGUAUCGGAUGAUGAGAAACUUAAAAGGACCGAUUCUGUCGCCACAGAGAAGCUGCUGGUGGAUGAGUCUACAGUCAAGAUUCCCGAGAUCCAGGAGCCAGAGCAAGCGACACCCCUCGCCCCAGGUGCUUUCCCGGACGAAUCCACCGAAUUUAUUCCUACCUUGGGCAGCCCUCUGCAAGAAGUUUCCAGCAUUGAUUCGAGGAAUGUCGCUCCGAAGGCAGUCAACGUCGUAUGA